GCGAACAGCGCAAAGAUGAGAGUCGCGUAUGGUCAUCACAACAAAAAGAGAGGACCUUCAAGGGAGAGUUCUUGCAGAAGUAGCAACAGCAGCAACAAGCAGGACGUCGUGUCUCUUGAGUUUCUGGACGAGUUUUGCCGCAUCUCGGAAGUAACUUCCCACUCGAGUUCUUGCUCCGAGGCCUAUCUCAAGGAAAACCCGGGCGCCAGUAAGGUGGUGGUGAUGCCAGUCGAUGCCGGGGAUAUGUUUUCCUGCAUCCGAGCUCGCCAGCGCUUAGCAUCAUCGUCAUCUUCAGAAGAACAGGAAAAUCGAGGAGAACGUCGUACCGACAUAAGUUUCCUGGAGUUCCUGUGCUCCCAGGCGCAAGCCGGGACUAAUGGCGGUGGCGGCAAUACGUCAAAGACCGAGAGCUUAUCCGGUAGUCCUGGAUCAUCCAAAAAGAGGCCGAGCACCAGCAGCAGCAACUCGAUGUCCGAGUCCACAACGAAGAAGCCGAGGGUGGGCGACGAACUUAACGCACGGAUGGAAAUCCUCAAGCUCUGCUCGCCGCCUGGAAGCACAGAAGCAAAGCCAGCAGCUGGUCGAACGCAAAGUUUCGAGGAAGAGAAAUCAAGCACGCCAUACCUGAAGAGAGUGCUGGAUAGUCGUCGCGACGGCAAGCCAAGGCUGGUGUACGAUACGAGAUCACCGCCAUCGACGCCAGGUUCUUUUCGAUCGACACCGUUUGCGUCAGUUGGAUCUUCCUUCUCGAUGGACGACUUCAACACAAGGAGGUAUCUCUCUCCGUGCACGCCGCUGUCGGCCUCGUUCACUUCCGCCGGAGCUCUAAGCCCGGAGGAGAUGACGGCCAUCUGGAAUGCUUUCCAAGAGGCCCAGCUCGCGCAGUAGAAGAGAAAGAGCGAGAGAGACACCGGUCUGUGAGAAUCCUGUAAAUUACAAGAGUAAAAGAGUUCUACAAAGUUCACCUCA